UGUGUGUGCGUGUGCCGGUGCGGGAGGGCCGCGCAGGAGCGCUGUGUGUGCGCUGUCACUCAGAGGCCGGCUGACAGGAGCUGCCUUUCCAGCGGCGGCAGAUAGCGCUGAUUGCUGAUUCGAGGAAACAAAAUAGCAAUUGUAAUUAUGGGCUCUGAUAAGAUAAAGGAGGGCGCGGGGAGCGCGGGGACCGGCAGCGGGGCACGGCCGGCAAAUUAGCGGCUGUCACUCAGCGCGGAGCAGGCGGCCCCGGCCAGGUACCGGCCCCGGGGUCCCGCCCGUCAGCCGCAGCCCCGCCGCAGCCCCCGCCCCGGUGCGCAACAGGUGGCGGGGCCGGGAGCAACGGGGCUCGCCGAACAAUGCAGCCCUCGGCGGCCCUACCCGGGCUGCGGGGCUGAGCCCCGACCCGCCGCGGCCCCAUGGCCCCGCGCAGCCGGUGCUGACGGACGGCCGCCCCUCCAGGGCGAGAGGAGUCGAGGAGCCGAGCAGAGCCGCGCCCCCACCCCACCGCCGGGCUCCGGGCUGCCGGCCCCGCAGCGCUCCGCUAUGGACCCCUGCUCUUCGCUCUUCAGCUACGUGUUCAUGCACUUGUUCGUCCUCUGCCUGCAAGCCCAGCAUGUGAGGGAGCAGAGCCUGGUGACAGAUCAGCUCAGCCGGCGGCUCGUGCGCACCUACCAGCUGUACAGCCGGACCAGCGGGAAGCACGUGCAGAUCUUGGACAACAAGAAAAUCAAUGCGAUGGCAGAGGACGGGGAUGUGCACGCCAAGCUCAUCGUCGAGACUGACACCUUUGGGAGCCGUGUGCGCAUCAAAGGGGCAGCCACGGGGUUCUACAUCUGCAUGAACAAGAAGGGGAAGCUGAUUGGCAAGAGUAAUGGCAAAGGCAAAGACUGCGUCUUCACUGAGAUUGUGCUGGAGAACAACUACACGGCGCUGCAGAACGCCAAGUACGAGGGCUGGUACAUGGCCUUCACCCGCAAGGGCCGCCCGCGCAAGGGCUCCAAGACCCGGCAGCACCAGCGUGAGGUGCACUUCAUGAAGAGGCUCCCCAAGGGCCACCAGACCACCGAGCCCCACCGGCGCUUCGAGUUCCUCAACUACCCCUUCAACCGCAGGAGCAAAAGGACUCGAAACUCCAGCGCCAGGGUGCGUCCGUGACGUGUGCCCCUGGGUGGACUGACAGAGACGUUGUGAUAGGGUUAUUAAAGGAGGAAAAAACCACCAGGGGCUGGGGAGGGGGUGGGAAGGGGGGGGAUAAAAGAACGACAUGCUCUAGUUGUUGAUAAUUUGGGGGUUGUUCUGUUUUUACAAAAAAGGGGGGAAAAAAAAAAAGGAUAAAAAAAAAAGAAAGAGGCUCUAUUUUUGUACUCCAACUUUACAAGAGAUGAAAUGUUCACAGACUGGUGAAGGGGGGAAGAGCCCUUCGCUUAGCAAUUGUUUUAGUGCUUGGGGUCGUGUUUUGCUUCGUAUUUUUUUCCCGUAGCUUUAGGGGGGGGGGGGGGAAAUCUUCAAUUAAAACAAACAAGAAAAGAAGAAAAAGAUGGGAAUCCAACCCAACGGAACUGAAUGGAUGCUCACCUGAAUGGAUGCACAGCAGAGAGGCCGGAUAAUGAUGGAGAGCAUGGAUGUGCCUCGGGGUGACAGAGGACUCACAGCUCCACAUCGUGACUGGGGCCAGCUGCCCUUGAGUGCCCCAUAGGGAGUCCUGGACAGGUUUGGCACCGCUUGCCCAUCAGAGCAUCUUGGGAUAUUUUAAAUACUCCAGUGCAGCAGCAGGCGAUGGCUGAGAACUGCUUUUGUGUUCCUUUCUUUCUUUGUUUUUCACCUGCAAAAUAUGAAGUUUUCGCAAAAAAAAAAAAAUUGGCUAUUUUUAAUUUUUAAUCAGGUGGAAUUUUUCAUCUGUCCAAUUAAAGAAGUUUACAAAUCACUGCGGAGCCCCUUCGGGCUGUUUUGUGGUAGCAUUCAGUCGGUGCUUGACUCUUCCAUCCUCAACUGUCUCUUCUAGGUCUGCUCUCUCCUCUUUGCCUGAGCGUGUUUCCACAAUGAUUUCUGCUGAUGGAGGCCUGGAUUUUUAUUUAGAACAAAAAAGGAUCCAGGGAAAGAUGAAAUCCUUGGAGUGAGCAACCCCAGCCCCAUUCCGUAUGUGCUGCCCUGGGACUGCCUCUCUCCAAAGGGUUAAAGUAAUUACUCUUAACGGGGAGGGCAAACAAAGACACUGGAUAGGAGUCAGGACCAGGGGUGAAUUUUCAUCCAGUUUUUAUGAUUUUUAAUUUUUUUUUCCUGUUUCCUUGAGGAUUUUUUUUUUUGGUUGUGUACAAAUUUUAAUGUGAAAUGAUUUGAAAUAUUUAUUUAAUAUGUGCAUUAAAAAUUUGUAUUAGUCUA